GGUCGGGAGGGGACGGCACAGUGCCUGUUCCCCGCACCGCCGGGACAGCGACGCCGAGGCUCCCGGCUUGCAGCCGCCCCGCCAUGGCUCUCAGCUCCGAGCGGCUCUUCGACUCGCUGGGACAUUUCGGCAGUGGCAGGAGCAGCAUUUUGGACAAAGCCUGGGAGCUCCUUGUAAUGGUUGAAGUGCCUGAACUGCAGCAGGAGAGGCUCUUAAUAUCAUGUGCAAGCAGUAGUGAUUUCAAGCAUGUGUUUAUUUUGCAUCUGUCUUUCAAGCUAUGUCAUGUGGCAUCCAUUACUUAGCAUCUGUGUUCAUGGCUGUUACUCCUAACUUUGUAUGUGGAUUCCCUGGAAAUGUGAGUAGUGUUCUUUUCCACAACUCCUCUGCAUCAAGUAUAGAGGACAUCUGGACACUAUGGACAUCAACAGAAAACUACAUUGUAGUCCAGCUGGCAAAUGGAGAAAUUUGGGAACUUGAUCAAUGCAGCAGGUCCAAACGAGAAGUCAGUUUGGAUCUGGCAUACGAAUACCAAGGCAACAAGUCUGUAUUUCCUUGUUCUGAUGGAUUUCUCUAUGAUGAUACAAAGUGGAAGAGCACCGUUGUUACGCAGUGGGAUCUGGUCUGUGACCGAGAAUGGCUUGCAAAACUAAUCCAGCCUAUGUUCAUGCUUGGAGUCUUGAUUGGAGCAGUGAUUUUUGGUGACAUUGCUGACAGACUGGGAAGACAGCGUGUUAUAUGGUUCACAAGUGCUGGUCAGUUUGUAUUUGGCAUCGCAGUGGCCUUCACGUUUGACUACUACAGUUUUGUGAUUGCGCGCUUUCUCCUCGCUAUGGUUUCAAGUGGCUAUCUGGUUGUGGCUUUUGUUUAUGUGACUGAAUUUGUUGGCAUUAAAGCACGAACCUGGGCUUCUAUGCAUGUCCAUGCUUUUUUUGCUAUGGGAAUUAUGAUUGUGGCACUCGUGGGAUUUUUGGUUCGGACCUGGUGGGUCUAUCAGAUAUUUCUCUCCAUAGCAACUCUUCCCUUUGUCUUGUGCUGCUGGAUGCUCCCAGAAACACCUUUUUGGCUACUGUCAGAGGAAAGAUAUGAAGAUGCACAAAAAGUGAUUGAUACAAUGGCAAGAUGGAAUAAAGUCAGCACUCCCUGCAAAGUUUCUGAACUGUGCUCAGUCCAACAAGACGACCUAGCCAGUGGCAGAACGGGUGAUGAUGAUACGUCCUCAGCAAAGAAGCACAACAUCUUAGACCUGUUUUGUAAUUGGCAAAUUGCAAGAAGGACCAUCACAGUCUGGCUGAUCUGGUUCACUGGGAGCUUGGGGUACUACGUCUUCUCCCUCAGUUCUGUCAGUCUAGGAGGCAAUGAAUAUUUAAAUCUCUUUCUCAUAGGUGCUGUGGAGUUGCCUUGCUAUAUCAUUGCUUGCGUUGCGAUGGACAAACUGGGAAGGAGAAACACACUCAUUCCGUUCCUUAUUUUAAGUGCACUGAUCUGUGUUUUAAUUAUGUUCAUACCUCAGGAUUUCAAUAUAUUAAUUAUCUUAGCAAAUAUGGCUGGAAAAUUUUCCAUAGGUGUGGCAUUUGGCCUUAUAUAUCUCUACACGGCAGAACUGUACCCAACAAUAGUAAGAUCACUUGCUGUUGGAAGUGGAAGCAUGAUGUGCCGUGUAGGAAGUGUGGUUGCUCCUUUCUGUGUCUAUCUGAGAAGUAUCUGGAUUUUCAUGCCACUUUUGCUUGUUGGAAUCAUGGCUCUUCUGAGUGGAAUCUUAACCAUAAUGCUUCCAGAAACACUGGGAAAACCAUUGACUAAUACUUUGGUGGAAGCUACAGAAAUGGGAAGAAACAAGAAAAGCUGUUCAGAAAAGACUCCUCCUCCAGCACAUAGUGGUGCAGCAUUAGAAAAGAUAGAGAUGUUUGGUCAAGAAAGAGUCAGCACUGACAAAUAAAGCAGUAGCAAAAUGGCUGUUCCCAAUUUUAAUCACUAUCUAAUUUAUAUGAUCUGUGUAUUCAAGAAAUGUGACUGUUCUAUAACAUCUGUGCCUUUUACUUUGUAUUCUGUCUUCCCUUUUCAAUAGAGCAAUUGUAUGAAACCUUUUCAAAGUGACUGACUUACUGCAGAAAAUUUGAUAGGAUUUCUAGAUCCCUUAUCUAACUUACCCAGACUUUAAAACACCUGUCUGACUUGCUGUGACCAGUUGGAAUGAUUUCUCUAAAUGUCGGAACCUACCUGAUUACAUGUAUGUAAAAAAAAAAGCCAAUUCUUUGCUUCACAUUUUCUGCAGUUAGAUUUGUCAACCUACAACAAAGUGCCCUGCCUGGUCUCUUCCUGUUGCAGCUGUCAGUUACAGGCUUGAGACUUCAGAACACAGUAAACUCCGCUACAAUUCAAGAGAAAAUUCAAGAAUAUCAUUGCAUCAGGUCAUGUCAGUAAUUUUAAAGUAAUUUAUUCUUUUUCUUUUUCUUUCAAGUUUUCUACUAGAAAUGGUGCCAUUGCUAACAAAAGGAAAGUAUUCUAUGGCACAGCUUCUGACUGAAAAAAUAAUACUAAGUUUGCAAAAUGUGCAAAUAGUUUGUAUAUUCAUUCUGUUGAAUGGCAAGUGUAUUUUUAUUAGGGGUUUAGGAAUAAAAAAAGUUCACUGGAUCUACUGCUGUUUUAGUUUAGAUUAAACCAAACUGCCUGAUCCCAUUUAAAGUCAUAUUCAUUCCAGACUAUUAUUUCAGUGCACCCUUUCUCACUUAUUUAAGAUUAGAUCUAGCAUCAGAUUUUUCAUAACUUCUAAGAGCUAGACUAGAACAUUGCCAAAUGCCUCCAGCAAGGUCUUCGUAGUCCUCAGUGGAAAAGAAUAAAUGGCAUAUGGCUUUUAUUCAGGCUCUCUGCAGAGAAGUGGAUUUAGUUAUUCAUUUUUGGUAGAAACGGUUUCCACUCACCAUUUUUCUCCUAGAUUAGAUGUCUGUAAUUCAUUUUUUCCUUAUUAUAUCUAACCAGUUAGAAAUAUAGAAUUUCAAAGACGGUAGUUUUAGUCAAAGUGUCAAAACAUCCCACUGCUGCUACACCUCAUGUGCAUCAACACUUAUUGUUGGUGCAAUGGUUCUGCCUUAUGACUCUGGACCAUAGAAAACUGAUAGAUAGGAAUGCAUCAUUCUGGCUGUUUCUUUUAUGGCUUUCUCCCACCUCUCCUUUUUCAGUCUAUCUCUAGACCUCUCUUCCUUGUCUGAGGAUCUGCAUCUCCGUUGCUUGACCACCCUUGGAUUGAGGGGAGCAGCACAGGAACAUCUGCUGUUGAGGUUCAGACAGCCCUCUCUUGCCUGGGUUGUGUGAAUUCAGUCCUCCCUGGUUUGAAAUCAGUGUUUUUCCCUCUUAGGGCCCUAUUCUCAUGGCAUGAUCUCAUCAAAACAAGUCUUCCUUGAUCUUUGCCAUGUACCCAGCCCAAAAGAAAUCUAUAUUAGUAGAUAUUCUAUAUGCUGUAGAAAUUAAUGGCUACAUUUUUUAAAUUAUAUUUGCACAAUUUUAUUAGUUUCAAUGAUUUCUGAAACCAGAAUAAUGGUUUAUAUCCCCUUAUAAAAGAUUUUAUUCUUCACUGCACUGUCCUAGAAUUUGGUCCUGGUAUUAGGAGAAAAUAAUACCUAUAUGAGGAUCAACAUGCUCUGAAGCAUGCUCUGAAGCAAAAUCAGUAAAUUUAAGUUUAGGGAGUCUCUCUGAGAUAAUUACAUAGAAAGCAGAAAGGAGUCUUCAUGCUUCUUACAGUUCUGUGGGUGUUCCAGUGUUUGCAGGGAAAACCUCCAGAAAGACCUGCAUAGAAUACUGUGGCUUCUGGCCAGAUAUGAGUUCAGCAAAAGCACUUAACCUUCCCCCUGUGAGUAAUCCCAUCAUUAUUCUGAGAAUGACUUGAAUACAUACUUUGAUGACUGAAGAUCAGAUUACUCACAUGCUGUGGUUUUUUAUUUUGCUGAAGAGCAAACCCAGUAUUCUUCCACUGCUUUCAGGUCCCGCUCCACUUCCCAGAGCAGAGCAGCUCUCUUUAUCUGCAAGAUCUACUGCCAAACUCUUCCUGCCCUGCCUUAAAUAAGGGUUUAAUCAUGCUAAAAAAACCACCACCAUGCAAUACACAUAACAAGGAAUUAAACUAGUACUGUCUUGCCUUACAACCACCCUCCCCACACACAGAGCUCCAAAUUCUUUCUUUAUUUUGGGAUUUUUUCACACUGAUACUCCCUCUUUUAAUAUCUCAAAACUCUAUCUAAACCCAUCUAUCUUAAAACUCACUACUCAUAACGUUUAGGAACAGUACAGUCUAUUUCUAACAAUGUAUUAAAGAAUAUUUACAAUUAAUUUUUCUACUUCCUUACCUGCUGAGUAACUGAUUCCGUUCUUACGUCUCCAAGAACUUGAUGGUUUAACCCCAAAAGCCAUUUCCUCUUGUCACUGAAGUCAGUUGGUAUUUGGUCUUUAAUUCAAAUGACCCCUGAAUUUCCCUGAACUAAUGAUGUUACUGUUUUUCCUUGGAAAUAAAAUGUUUGUUGAUUUACAGGUACAUCUUUUGUGAUUUUAUGCAUCAGUAGCAUGGAGAUUGCCUUGGGGUAUCCUAUUCUUUAACCUGAGGAAGAAUAUUACUUUUUAAAAAAGGAAAUAGCAUGUAUCUCUGUGUCUCUAGCAUUUCUAUUUGCUUGUUCUUUCCAUAUGGGCAAAAAUAUGUUUAACACUAGUCAUGCAUUAUAAAUGUAGGAAAAUCAGGGUGAGUUUUCUUUCUCUUAAGUAUUCAUAGAUUUUUUAAAUCCUCUUGCAAGAGAGCACUGAGUUUGAGAACAAAUGCUUCUGUUCCUAUGGGGCAUAUUUUCAUUUCAGUGCUCAUAAGAAUUAAUUUUCACAGUUCCUCACUUCAGUUCACAAGUCCUUUUAUGUUUGUAUUUGUCAUCCUUAUCUUAGUGCAAAUUUUUUGUGCUCUUCAAUGUCUCUGGAGUUACACAAUGGUUCUGUGAGAUAAUGAAUUAGAGUCCUUAUCUGCCUUAACUGCUGGUCACUAUUGCAUGAUGGCAAAUGUUUUUGUCUGAAAUUUGAUAUCCAGUUGUAUUAGAUAGCCUUGCAAUUUGUUAAGGACAUACCUUUCUGAGUUAAAUAUAAGAAUACGAGCAACUAUUAUUAGUUUAAUGAUAACUAAGGAAAAAGUACAUGUGUUUGGCAUUUCAAAAUUGUAUUUUUAACAUUUAACAUUCUAUACAAAAAUACGUAUUUUCUAUUUUAACAGCUUCAUUCAAUUUCUCUGUGCAAAAUUCUGUAAUUUAACCAGCUAUGUAGAAAAAAGAUGCUAUGCAAACAUGUGUGGUUAUCAUAUGCUUUGGCUGACACCCUGAAUGUCUGAACAAGGGUUGAAGACUCCUUGAAGGCUGAGGGCUUUUGUGUAAUGGCUCUGUGGAAAGACAAAAUGGCCUGACAUCCCAGCUCUGGCAUGGAAUGAAAGACUUAUUUGCAUUCUCCUGUGUCUUCCACAGGUUUAUUUUACCAACCCCUUAGGUGCAGUCAUUUAGGAAGCCUCUGUGGCAUUGGGCUCAGCAGUGUGCAUGGCCUGUGAGUGCCUUUUGGAAAGGCUUAGGAAAAGGUGAGCUCACUUGUGCCACGGGCUCUUGGUCCGGAAAGGCAUUUGUGACUGCAAAAAGGAGGCUCUGGAUUCAUCCUGCGCCCUUUACAAACAUCUGAAACAUGUUUGUCUGAAUCCUAGAACAGAUUCCAGGGGGAGAAAUUAGACACAAGGACUAAAAAGAAAAUAGAGAGUUGACAAAAACUGAGUUUAUUCUAUAAGGGAAAAUUCUACUCAGUGCUGACAAUUAGUUAGCUCUCAGAGGAAGAAAGGCUAAAACACGUCUAUAUUCUGAUAGCCUAAUAAUUUUGUAAAAGAUUCUGUACUACAUGGAGCAUGUCUUUUGGUUACAUGGGGGAAGUAUGUACUCAUAGGAAAGUUUGUUUGCCCAGAAUUUGUGGAUUUAAUACAAUAUAUUUCAAUGAGUUUUUUAAAAUGUGUAUUUAUUAUCUGAAAUUAUGUGCAAGAAUAAAGUCAGACACACAUUUUUUAAUCUUUACACCUUUACCUGAUUUAAUGAACUUCUGUCACCAACUCUUCAUUUGGUUCACUCUCCCUUAAAGAGGCCUGGCUGGUGUUUUGGCAUGGAGAUCCUAUGGUUUAGGAUGACAAAUAUCAUGUCAUGUCUUUUCCCUGUUUGUCUUUGCAGGUGUAAACCAAGAUUUGGGUAAUGUGUUAAGUGAUGACUAUGACAAAAGGUGCAUUAAAAAUGUGACAUGUUUUGCAUUUCAGUUGCAGGCAAAACAUGAUUCUUUCUUGCCUUUGUUUGUAUAAGCUGACUGGAGCAGUAGUCCCUCAGACAUGUCCAGCAGUGACAAAAAUAGCUGCAGAUACCGAGGAAUGGGUGAGUUACCAGACGAGAGAGCAGGUACCACAGGAUUGACAGAACAAUGUACUUGUAAGCACAUGGUGUUCAGUGCACAUGAAGAAUAACUAUAGCUUCCUCAUGAGGGAACUGGAGUGGGCUGACAGUGCAAGGAAAAUAAGAAUUGCAGCAAUUCAUAGCUCUGUUGUUAUUUGUCCCCUUAGAGCAUCUAAGGAACCUAUUUAUUCUUCACAUCCCUUAAAUCUCUAAUUAGUGCAAAUGAA